CAGGCUGCAAGGCAAGCAGGAAGAGCUGGCAAGCGGCAGGCACAGACAGGAGAGGCUCCACGGGAUCAGCAGUUUCGAGUCCCAGGAAGAGGGCGUGGCCAGGAUGCGAGAGACCCCGGGGCGCGAGGAGUCAGAGCCGGGCACGGAGGCCCCGUGCGCCGCGUCCUGCCACGCGCAGCGCAUCCUGCAGACGCUCAACGCGUACCGCCGGAGCGGCACCCUCACCGACGUGGUGCUGCGCGCCGGAGGCCGCGACUUCCCGUGCCACCGCGCGGCGCUCAGCGCGGCCAGCGCCCACUUCCGCGGCCUGUUCGCGGCCAGCCGUCCCGAGCGCGCGGCGGCCGUGGUCCCGGUAGGACCCGAGACGCCGGGGACGGCGGCGGCCCUGGCCGUGGUGCUCGACUACGUGUACGGCGCGGGCGUGCGGCUGCGCGCCGAGGACGAGGCGGCUGCUGUGCUGGCGCUGGCCGAGCGGCUGGGCGUGGCCGGGCUGCGCGAGGCCUGCGCGCGCUUCCUCGAGGGCCGCCUGCGCGCCGCCAACAGCCUGGCGCUGCGCCGCGUCGCCGCCGCCUUCUCGCUCGCCUCCCUGGCGGAGCGCUGCGGCCGCGUGCUGCGCCAGGCCUUCGAGGAGGUGACGCGCCACGCCGACUUCCUGGAGCUCGCGCCCGAUGAGGUGGCGGCGCUGCUGGCCGAUCCCGCGCUGCGCGUGGCGCGCGAGGAGGCCGUGUUCGAGGCGGCCAUGCGCUGGGUGCGCCACGACGCGCCGGCCCGCCGCGGGCAGCUGCGUCGCCUCCUGGAGCACGUGCGCCUGCCGCUGCUGGCGCCCGCCUACUUCCUGGAGAAGGUGGAGGCGGACGAGCUGCUGCAGGCGUGCGGCGAUUGCCGCCCUCUGCUGCUCGAGGCCCGCGCCUGCUUCAUCCUGGGCCGGGAAGCGGGCGCGCUGCGGGCCAGGCCGCGGAGGUUCAUGGACUUAGCUGAAGUGAUUGUGGUCAUUGGCGGGUGUGACCGAAAGGGGCUCCUGAAACUGCCUUUUGCCGAUGCUUACCACCCAGAAAGUCAGCGCUGGACCCCACUGCCUAGCCUUCCUGGUUAUACACGCUCUGAAUUUGCCUCCUGUGCACUUCGAAAUGAUAUUUACGUUUCUGGAGGUCACAUCAAUAGCCGUGACGUCUGGAUGUUUAGCUCCCAUCUGAACACCUGGAUCAAGGUUGCCUCAAUGCACAAGGGCAGGUGGAGGCACAAGAUGGUGGCCCUGCAGGGACAGCUCUUUGCAGUAGGUGGCUUCGAUGGCCUGAGACGCCUGCGCAGCGUGGAGCGCUAUGACCCGUUCUCCAACACCUGGGCGGCCACAGCGCCCCUGCCGGAGGCCGUGAGCUCUGCAGCCGUGGCGCCCUGUGCUGGCCAGCUAUACGUGAUUGGGGGCGCAGGGCAGGACGGUGUCAACACUGACAAGGUGCAGUGCUUUGACCCCAAGGAGGACCAGUGGAGUCUGCGGUCCCCAGCACCCUUCUUGCAGCGGUGUCUUGAGGCUGUCUCCCUGGAAGACACCAUUUAUGUGGUGGGAGGCCUCAUGAGCAAAAUUUUCACCUAUGACCCUGGCUCAGAUGUCUGGAGAGAGGCAGCUGACCUGCCCAGCCCUGUGGAGAGCUGUGGCGUGACAGUGUGUGACGGGAAGGUCCACAUCCUUGGUGGGCGGGACGAACACGGGGAGAGCACCAGCAGUGUCUUCACCUUUGACCCUGGCACUGGGCAGGUGGAGGCCCAGCCAUCCCUGCAGCGCUGCACCAGCUCUCAUGGCUGUGUCACCAUCGUGCAGAGCCUGAGCCGAUGACUCAGAUGGGGCAGCCUUAGCCAAGAGAACAUUUGGGCAUGGCACUUGGCUCCCCUCCUGGAACCUCCAUGUGAACAGUCCUUUAACUUAUUUCCCCUCUUCUUACAGAAAUAAAAGCUUUUUCAAAA